AUGCUCGCGAGUCUGCCAAGCCACUCCUUCGCCAACGGCGAUACUCGCUGCAACUUCGUCGACCUCAUCGCCACCGGUCGGUCCUCUCUGGCGUCUGGCGACGCCGGACUCAGCGUCGCCGUCAGCAACGCUGGCGCAGGUCUCAGAAACGCGACAUCUCUUCGGCCCAACUACCAUGGCGACACGGGCGUCAGCCUCAGUGGCUCUAGUCCAAGCAGUGGACUGACGGAGAGUUGUCAGUUGCGACUCUGCUCCGAGUACACCGGCAGCAGUUUGGCUGGUUCACCUGGUCGGUCGGGCCGAUGUGCCGGUGGGGAUAAACUCGAGGACAGAUUGGUCUUGGCGACGGCCGGACUGUCCUCUUUCGUCUCGGCACCCCCGCGAUACGAUCAGUUGGACAGCCAAAGCCCAACGUAUAUGGUGAGUGUGUUUUCAAGUGUGGUCAGAAUUUAA